GAUUUAUUAGGGGGAAGGCAAACUCCAAAUUGCUGGCUCCCGUCGUCCUCCACCCUCCCUCCGCUUCCGGAGACUCUCUCUUCCCGCAGUCGCCACCUCCCUCCCUUUCGAUCCGCCCGACCACCUGCCCCCUUCCCACGCCUACGGUAGCCGCGCGUUCAGGCCAUGGCGUUCUUCCGGGGCCUCGCCGCGGUCUCGAGGCUGCGAUCCCGUAUGGGGCAGGAUGCCACCACGCUUGGUGGUGUGAGAUGGCUGCAGAUGCAGAGUGCUUCCGAUCUCGAUCUUAGGUCCCAGCUGCAGGAAAUGAUUCCCGAACAACAGGAUCGCUUAAAGAAACUAAAGUCAGAGCAUGGAAAGGUCCAGCUUGGAAACAUAACUGUGGACAUGGUUCUUGGUGGGAUGAGAGGGAUGACUGGAAUGCUCUGGGAAACAUCUUUACUUGACCCGGAGGAGGGUAUUCGUUUUAGAGGUCUCUCUAUUCCAGAGUGCCAGAAAGUACUGCCGGCAGCAGUUAAAGAUGGAGAACCUUUACCUGAGGGUCUCCUUUGGCUUCUAUUGACUGGAAAGGUGCCAACCAAGGAGCAAGUUGAUGCUCUAUCAAAGGAAUUGCUUGCCCGCUCAAAUGUUCCAGAUUACGUCUAUAAGGCAAUAGAUGCUCUCCCUGUAACUGCUCAUCCAAUGACACAGUUUACCACCGGAGUGAUGGCACUCCAAGUUGACAGUGAAUUUCAAAAGGCCUACGACAAAGGAAUGCCAAAAACGAAGUUCUGGGAGCCUACUUAUGAAGAUUGCUUAAAUUUGAUUGCUCGGCUUCCACAAGUUGCUUCAUAUGUUUACCGGAGGAUUUUCAAGGAUGGGAAAAUUAUAUCAGCUGAUAAUACACUGGACUAUGCAGCAAAUUUUUCACACAUGCUUGGUUUUGAUGACCCCAAAAUGUUGGAGUUGAUGCGCCUAUACAUAACAAUUCACACUGAUCAUGAAGGUGGGAAUGUCAGUGCUCAUACUGGGCAUCUGGUUGGAAGUGCUCUGUCAGAUCCUUACCUUUCUUUUGCAGCGGCACUCAACGGUUUAGCUGGGCCACUGCACGGCCUUGCUAAUCAGGAGGUGUUGCUAUGGAUCAAAACUGUCAUGGAAGAGACCGGGAGUAACAUUACAACUGAUCAACUCAAAGAGUAUGUAUGGAAGACACUGAAGAGCGGAAAGGUUGUUCCUGGAUAUGGUCAUGGAGUUCUACGUAAUACAGAUCCACGAUACUCAUGCCAAAGGGAGUUUGCCUUGAAGUAUUUGCCCGAGGACCCACUUUUCCAACUGGUAUCCAAGUUGUAUGAAGUUGUACCCCCAAUCCUCACUGAGUUAGGCAAGGUAAAAAACCCAUGGCCUAAUGUUGAUGCUCACAGUGGAGUCUUGCUCAACCACUUCGGAUUAUCUGAAGCACGGUACUACACUGUCUUGUUCGGUGUCUCAAGGAGCAUAGGAAUUGGAUCUCAGCUUAUCUGGGACCGUGCCCUUGGCCUGCCUCUUGAAAGGCCGAAGAGUGUCACCAUGGAGUGGCUGGAGAACUACUGCAAAAAGGCCGCGGCUUGAAGCUACAACAAUGCUUCGUUUUACAAAUUGGAUCGUCUUUGAUGUUAAUAAUAACUGAACAUAAAUUAGGCACGUUAGCCUCUUUUUGCCAUCCUUUUCCCUGCCAAUAACUGGAGCAAGAGGCUCUCAGACGGUAGAAUUUUGAAGCUUAAGCUUUAUGCGUUGCUUUGUCAAGUUUAAUGACUUUGAGUUGCUGAGUUAAUUAUAACAGCUAGGCGUCAUGGCAGAGUAACCUGACGUUUCUAUCGAGGGGAGCUAGUUAUGUCAGUUGUGAUGGUGUUCAGUGUUGCUGACCUCAAUACUUGUCGAUCCUUUAAUCCUCCUUUUACCGGCGUAAUUUCUGUACUCCUAUAACAGAUUAGUGGCGUCUGUCCAUCAAAAUUGAUUCAAAGGAGAACAAUUAUUUUUA